GCCGGAAAUCUGGUUUCGCGAGGGCUGGAUGCUUCGGUCGCCGCACAUCAUCUCCGAGCUGUCGCUGCGGCGCCCGCAAGGGGAGGAGUCGGACAAGGCCGUGGACGCUGUCACACUCGAGGUUGGGCUCAGAAUGCUGGGAGAGUUGAUGGACAUGCGCUUGGCAAACGUAAGUGCCACUGGUACGUCUUGGAAGGCAGCCAUAGGACCCUCGGGCUUUGCACUCCGGCUCGGCAGCUAUGCAUCGAAUGCCGCAAGUUCUUUUGAGCAG